UUAAGCCUUUUUAAAUUUGAUAUCAUAGUUUCAGAGCGGACUCCUGAUUCAGUGUCAAUUUACCAUUCAUCCAUCUUCUACAAUGAUUAGCAAGUGAUCUGCCAAACUCAAAAACCCAAGUCCCAACGCCACUUCACUCCACUCCACACUCCCACUUGAUUCUCUUCACGCUUUUGGGGGAAAUUCGCCAGAAAGAAAAAAACGAAUUUAAACCAUAAAUUCCCCAUCAAUCAGUAACUGUAACAAAACAUUCCCUCUUCAGUCUUCACAAAUACCAUUAUCCGAAAAGGGAGAAAGAAUCUUUAAGUCUCCUGCAGUUCUGCCACCUAAACUUCUCUUCGAAUCCAAGUUUUCUUCUAAGCGGCGCUGCUUUAAACUUUUCAGUUAAUGUUUUCAUUGAUUUCGUUUCUUGGGUUGUUGUCAAAAGAUUCUUUGGUUUGAACCCUUUACCCUUUACCCUUUGUCCUAGUGUUCUUGAUUUUGCUUUGUAAAAAGAUUCUUCUCUCUUUAUUCCAUGGGUGUUUCUGUAAUUUCAUCUAGACUCCUACUUUGAUGAGUUCUUAAUGUUCUACAGAGAAAGAGACUAAAAAAAUAGCGAACAUGAAGCAAUUGAUUCAAUUUCAACUGUUGUGUGUUACUUUAGGGUUCUUUCUACCCUCUUAUGACGCCGUUCAACCAAUUGAAGUUCAUGCUUUAAAUUCGUUCAAAGAAUCUAUCUUUGAAGACCCGUUUUUGGCUUUAUCAAGCUGGAAUAGCCUUGAUUCAGAUCCUUGUAACUGGUUCGGUGUUACAUGUUCUGGAAAUCAAAUUACAAAACUUAACAUUUCUGGUUCUUCGAUAAAGGGAUUCAUCGCUGAAGAACUCUUUCAGCUCUCCGCUUUACAAGAACUGAUUUUACACGAAAACAAACUCAUUGGUCCGAUACCCAUGUCAAUUGGAUCAUUGAAGUUCCUCAGAGUCUUGGAUUUGGGGAAAAACCAGCUUUCUGGUCCAAUUCCUUCCGAAAUUAGAAAUUUAGUCAGCAUCGUUCAAAUAAACCUACAAUCGAAUGGACUCACUGGGAAAUUGCCAUUGGAGCUUCAAAAUCUUCAAAACCUUCAAGAGCUUCGAUUGGAUAGAAAUAAACUUUAUGAGACAAUUCCAGGUUUUUGUAAUUCAUCUUCAUUAAAAGUCGCAGAUUUCUCCUACAAUUUCUUCAUUGGAAUCAUACCCAAAUGCUUAGAGCGUCUUCCAAGGAAUAACUUUCGGGGAAACUGUAUGAAUUCCAACAACACCAAACAACGCACCCAUAAAAAAUGUGGCGGCACUCAACCGGAAACAGCCCAGAUCGCCGGAAAAUCAAGAUUACAUCCAACCGAACAAGAUAACUACAAGAUUCAUCAUUCAAAACCACCCGUUUGGCUUUUAGUGGUGGAAGUCAUGACUGGAGUUUCAAUCACCUCGCUCUUUCUAAUCGCUCUUCUCACAUUCGUUUUAAGAUGCAAAAGCAAACCUUCAGUUUUAAAUCUAUUAAAGAGAUCCACAAACAACAAACACGAUAUGUCAAUUCAUAUCGAUUCCAAUAUGUUAAAAGGUGUUACAAGAUAUAAUCGACAAGAACUCGAGAUCGCAUGUGAAGAUUUCAGCAACAUUAUCGGGUCAUCAUCUGAUAGUUUGGUUUACAAAGGAAUUAUAAAAGGGGGCCCAGAAAUUGCUGUUAUAUCUCUUUGUAUUAAAGAAGAACACUGGACUGGCUACAUUGAGCUCUAUUAUCAAAAAGAGGUUGCGGAUUUGGCAAGAUUAAACCAUGAAAACACUGGGAAAUUGCUUGGGUAUUGUAUAGAUAGUAAUCCGUUUACAAGAAUGUUGGUGUUUGAAUAUGCAUCAAAUGGGACAUUAUAUGAGCAUCUUCAUUAUGAAGAAGGAUGCAAUUUAAGUUGGUCGCGAAGAAUGAAGAUCAUCAUAGGCGUCGCGAAAGUUUAUCUCACAGAAGAUUUUUCACCAAAGCUUGUUGAUUUUGAAAGCUGGAAAACAAUUGUAACAAGAUCAGAAAACAACUCUAGAUCGAUUAGCCAUGAAGGUGAUAUAUGUGUUCUCCCGAGUUCAUUUGAAGAUCGACAUUUGGAUAUUCAAGGGAAUAUUUACGCUUUUGGCGUUCUACUUUUGGAAAUUGUCAGUGGACGCCCUUCGUUUUGCAAGGAUAAAGGUUGCUUGGUAGAUUGGGCGAAAGAUUAUAUUGAAAAGCAAGAGGAGAUGGGUUCGGUUGUGGAUCCUUCAUUGAAAUAUUUUAAAAAUGAAGAUUUGAAAGUGAUAUGUGAAGUGGUUUCUUUAUGUAUUCAUUUAAGGCCACGAGAUCAUAUAUCAAUGAAAGAUUUGUGCGCCAUGUUGGAUGAUAAAAUUGACACGUCAUCUUCUUCAGAGAUGAAGGCAUGUUCAUUCGCUUGGGCGGAGUUGAUGCUUUCUCCUUGACUGUCAAUGGCAUUAUUGUAAAUACUUGUCAUGUACAUGGUUAUUUUAGGAGUUGUCUAGGAUAGGAGGAUUCUUGUGUUCAUGCGAGUUUUAGAACCUUAAAUAGCAUCGAGAUUGCACAUAUGAUUGUUUAGGCAAGGAUGUAAGAAUUCGUAAUAAGGUCCAUCUCAGGUUUACUCUGGCAUCACUUUUUUUAUUUGGAG